AUGCAGUUGAUUGUGCUAUGCCUUUGCGUCUGUGCGUGUGUUGUAGGUCAGGAUAUAGAAGCUAUGAGGAACAUGCCGAAAUAUGAUUCGAGAUAUGAUUAUUUAGAUGUGGAUGGUUUGUUUAAUAGCAAACGUCUUGUAAAGAACUAUGUUGAAUGUCUUGUGAACGGCCAGAGAUGCUCGCCCGAGGGGAAGGCGCUGAAAAUUAAAAUUCAAGAAUGGAUAUGUGAAUGA